AGGGUCUUCUGAAUAUUUUAAACCAAUUAUAGGUACAAACGAAAAAGCUGAAACUUCCGUUCACUCUAGUCCGGAAAAAAAGCAAGCAGAGAGCAGCGAUGGACACGAUCAAGGUUGUAGUAGCUAUCAUCCUCACAAUUUCUCUCUUUUCGUUUCAUUCAUUCGGAUUCCAAUCCGAUGAGCUCUUCGCUGACGACGAAGAGUUCGGACUUGAGGGGGCUCCUCUUACCUGAGCAUACAUCCACUCGAUAUGCACCGGUCAAAACCCCCACCCGGAAGAGGCAUUCCGAUAUCGACUCGGAUUCCAAGAUCGAGUUAUCUCUUGAUCACGCUUUCGGCGACUCUGACUUCUCUCUCGCUGGCACUUUCUUCGCCCGCCUCAAGACUUGGAGCCAUGGUGGCCAUACACUUACGAAGCUACGGUUUUCAAGGAACAAUUUCACUAAUGAGGAGCAGAAGAAGUUCAAAAAACUGCUUGAAGGCGACGACUUCUAUAGGAUAAGACUCCCAUCUAAUGUUGUGAGUCCGCCCGGGAGGGAUUUUAUUAUUUCAUCAGUGAAAGCAAGAUGUCUUCCAAGGGAGGGCAUGGAUGAGCAUUUGUUAUACACAUGGAGGGUGUAAACGUUUUGGCAGUCAAUUAUGGUUCUCCUGGAUCAUGCCCUUACCCUCGAAAUUUGAAACUUCCUGUGAAGUGGUCCUUCAGCUCAUAUACAGUUUUGAAGAAUAGCGAGCAGCACCGAGAGCUCCUAUCUUUACUGAAGGAAUUCUUGGUGGUGAGAAUGGAGGUGAAGUUGUGCAGCCACCUGAGAAAACUUUUUGGGCUAAAUAUUGGAUGUAUUUGAUCCCUCUGGGACUCAUCAUGAAUGCCAUAACACAAGCAAUGAACAUGCCUGAGGAGCAGGCUACUGGCCAAGUACCUGCUCAAGGACAGCCUUCAGCUGGGACGGUGCAACGUGGACCGAGUUCUGCUGCACGGAGAAGAUGAUCAUCAAUGAGGUUUGCUAAUUUUAUACCCCUUGAAGAGUACAUUGAGAUCGAUUUCUGUUAGUUAGGGUUCUUAAAUUGCAUGAAGAUCGUUACGCAUGUCGUACUUCGAAUCUUGAUUCAGCGGUUUAUUGAGGAAGAUA